CUACAUAGUAAUCAUAUGAUAAUCAUGUGUUUUCUUGACAAAACCCCAAAGUUAUAUUCCUCCUUCAUGGUUUUACUCUCUUUUGCUAUAAUAGCAAUGCAACUAGGAGCUGUAAGUGCUGGACAUAGAAAGGUUGUGAGGAUUCUUGAUUUGAUCCCACCCAAUAACAAUGUCCAACCUUCAACAGGAGAAGUAUUAGUGCAUUGUCGGUCUAAAAACAACGAUUUAGGGGUUUGGAAUAUGACUCAAAAUACCCAGAAAGAAAUCCACUUCCGCCCCAACAUAUGGAAGAUUACUCUCUUCUGGUGUGACUUUGGCUGGGGCACAAAGGCCCGGGGCAUCAUCGUAUACGACGCCAAUGAUGUUUCGUGCGAUGGGGAAAGGUACUGUAAUUGGAAUGUGAAGACUGAUGGAUUUUACUUUGCCAAAGGGGAGUUUCCUAAAGAAACUGAUUUCACAAAGAUGUCUGAUUGGAGAGGCGCUAGGAAACACCGAUGUAGCCACCACCGUGGUCGCGGGCGACACCACUAGAUCAGCGCAUGCGGCGGGUAGCCUAGUGUGCUAUUCUGCAAUGAAUAUAUAUAUAUAUAUAUAUAUAUAUAUGGAGUAUAUAUUACUAGUAUUGUAUAAUAAGUAAAUGAAAUCUGCUACCAAUGCAUAAUAAUACUAAAAGAAUAAUGCUUGCAUUAUUAAAUGUGUCAAUAUACGAGAUAAUAAUACACAUCACACAUUAUGAUAUAUCCCAAAUCCC